AAAAAUACUCUUCAGGCUCAGAACUGUCGCUGAUCUGCAUGUUUUCCUUCACCUUGAGGAGAUUCUGGAACAAAUGGAAAUCGUACAGACACAGGUUUGUUCCCUGGGUCGUGCUGAACUUGUCUAAGAACGAGAAAACCCUGCGGCAGGUGUCAGAGCCCUCCAAAGACAAACUGGUCCCGGAUGAGGAGGUCUCUGCUACUCUGCUGAAGCUCUUCCGAGUCCUGCUCCGGGGCCAUGGCGUGAACCGGGAAAUCCGCGCAGGACAUCCGGUGUGUGCACAAGAUGCCAUGCUGCAGUGUCUGGGCUUCUGCAUUGACCGCAGGCCCAGCUCGCUCCCCUCGGCGGGGACAGGAGUGUUUGUCACCAGAGGCUUUGUGCCCAGAGGAGUGACAGUCGCCAUGUAUCCCGGCGCUGUCUACCAGCCGUAUGAGCCCAUUCUGCUCCAGUCCAUCAGAAACCCCUUCGUGUUCAGGUGCAUCGACGGUGUUUUGGUGGACGGAAAUGACAAGGGCAUCUCCAAAGUGUUGUUCAGGUCAUGCAGUGGCAGAGACAGGAUGGGUCCUUUCCUCAUGAGCGACACCAGCUGGCUGACAGACUGUCCACUGAACCCCCUGGCUGUGGGUCAGUAUGUGAACAACUGCUCCAACGACAGGCCUGCCAACGUCUGCUACCAAGAGUACGACGUGCCGGACAAGUUCCCCGUGGAGCUCCGCCGAUUUCUGCCCAAUGUCAACUACAGCCAGGAUGCAGGGAGGCCUGUGCGCUGUGUGGUUCUUGUGUCCCUCAGAGACAUCCAUGCAGGGGAGGAACUUUUCUCCAACUACUACACCAUUGUGCACUGAAGCUUUCACUCCAAGUCUGAAUUUCCAUCCCCAGUGUCCCUCCUUCGACUGAGGGUGAUGACGCAGACAUAUUGUUUUGUACAACCAGCAAUAAACUGGAAUAAAUGCAAAC